CUUCUUUGAGAAGUCCUCUAUUCUAAUAGACAUGCUUAUCAACAAAAAUCGUUUGAAACCCCAAUGAACUGGUGAUUGGUGAAACCCUGAUCCACGAAAUUGGCCAAAUUCCGCAAAAUACAGGGAUUAUUUUAAUUUAAGAAGAAGAAUGGGGUUAGUAGUUCAAGUGGUUAUGUUUUGACAAUUCACAAGUGUUUUGUGGUGACAAUGCUAAAAAAAAUUAUAUUAUUUUGAUAAAUCAAAUAAGCAAAGUUCAAGUAGCAAUGCAUGCGACAAUGUGAUAUUAAUUUUGUUUAUUACAUUAUAAAAAUGAUUGGAAAUGCAGCUUACGUUAAAUCUUUUAAUAGUUUAAGAAAUUACAGAUGUUACAGUAUAUGGUUUGGCCAAUAUCAUCAGUAUCUCGGACCUAGUUCUAUACCAAUUAAUUUACCAUUCAAAUCAAAUAUAACAUGCAACAGCUUAUCUUUACAAUCAUGUCGAUAUCAGCAUAAAGGACUAGAUCUAAAAGGCCUCAAUUUGAAAAGUACAGACAAACAAACUGAGAAGACAAUGACAACAGAAAGGAUAGUUAUGCCUGAAUCGGGAACAAGUAAAGAAAAAUUAAAUCAGGAUCAAGACACAGCUAUUAAAGGCAUUAAUUUAAAAACCGAGAGCGAACAAAAAAAAAUCACUAAGAAAAUAGUUGUACCAGAAUCACUAACAAUGAAAGAAAAACUUAAAAAGGCUGUAAAAGAAUAUGGAUCAACAGUAAUUGUCUUUCAUAUUGGGAUAUCGUUAAUGUCUCUAGGAACUUGCUACUUAUUAGUUUCUGCCGGUUUGGAUAUUCCAGCAAUUUUAGAAUUUGUAGGACUUAAUGGUUUGAUUAAAAACAGUGAAGUAGCAACAAGUGCUGGUACUUUUGCUAUUAGUUAUGCAGUACACAAGGUAUUCGCUCCAGUGAGAAUUGGAAUCACUUUAGUAUCUGUGCCGUUUAUUGUGAGAUACUUGAAAAAAAUUGGGUUUUUAAAGAAAUAAAAAAAUAUUUGGAGCUAUUGACAUAUUUUUUUGUAAAAGUUAAUUUCAACAUGACUUUAUAGUGAGAUUUUGUUAUUGGAUAACUUCAUAAGUUUAGGAAAUAAUAGUGAUUGAAAAUGUCAAUAUAAUUUUCUACUAAAUAAAAUGUUUUAGCAUUAACUUGUAGGGGAAAUAUACUAUAAUUUAAAAUUGUUUCUGUAUUUCUUUUGUACGGGUAAAUUUUAUGUCUUGAUAUAAAUAAACUUUUAC